AUGGCACCCCUCCCAGAAAUCGUCCUCAUCCACGGCGCCUGGCAUACACCAACAAACUACACAAGCUACACAACCGACCUAAAAAAAGCAGGCUUCACAGUGCACACCCCACACCUCCCAAGCUGCAAUGGCACCCGACCCCCAACAGCGACACUCCCAGAAGACGUCCGCCACGUCCGUAGUGUGAUCCAAGAUCUAGUCGAAGCCAACAAGCGCGUGAUAAUGAUAAUGCACUCGUACGGCGGUCUAGUCGGCAUAUCCGCAGUCCAAGAGCUAGACCUCCCCACCCGCAAAGCGGCCGGCCAACCAGGCGGCGUAAUCCACCUACUAUAUCUAUGCGCAUAUAUGCUCAUGCCCGGAGCUACAAUGUGGAGUAUUGUGGAAGAAACAGGCGCUGACAAGAUGUGGGCGCAGCUCGUUGACGAGGACGAGGAUGGAACUUUCUUCCCGCUUGAUCCUGGAAUGUUGUUUUUUAGUGGACUUGAGGAGAGUGUGUUUGUUGAGGAGGUCGUUUCGACGCUUGUGAGAUUUCCCGUCAAGGCUUUGAGGGAGGGUGCUACGGGUGAUGCUUGGAGGAGGGUUCCUGUUACUUUUGUGAAGACGCUUGGGGAUUUUGCGGUUCCUGUUGCCGCGCAGGAUAUUAUGUUGGAGAGGGUUCGGGGGGAGGGUGGUGUUGUUAGGGUUGAGGAGUUUGAUACUCAUCAUAGUCCCUGGGUUUCGAUGCCGGAGGAGGUUGUGAGGGUUGCUGUGCAGGCUGCGGGUGAUGAGAGGAAUCCUGAAUGA